AACAGGCCCAUAUACCACGUGUACCAUAUACAACGUGUAGCCCAGAGAUAGAUUUUAACCCUAAACCCCGGGUUCGACUCUUAUUGUUUAUUUUUCAGAAACCUAUUUUCUAAAGCUCUACCACUAAACAAUACAAGAAGAUGAGACGGGGGAAAGCCAAGGGUAACGAACAAGCUGAGCAGCGGCACCAGUCUGAAGCCGUGCUGCUUCUGCCGGAGACUCGGGAGGUGGAAGAACCCGGUGAGACUCCUCCUGGAUUUGAGGUAUCGUUUUUUGAUUAUUCAGUUGAAAAUCACUUUAGAGCUAUUGAUACUGCCCGGAAACUAUGCGGGGAGCCGGAUAUUGAUGAUUCUAUUGAUCAAGAGGAGCUUCAACGAUUUGGUUCUUCCAUCACAUUCCUUUCGGAAUGGAGAUAUUUAAAAUACAAAUCAAGAAAAAUAAGGUUUGCUUCUGAAAGUGAGAAUGGUAAUGGGAAAGAUGUCAAAUGUGAAAUUAUCUUGCCUCAAUUUUCUGCCGCAACUGUUCCCAAGGGGACCUCUCAGGAGAAAGUAUCUUCUCCACAAUCCUGCAAUGACCUUGUACUCUAUGUUGGAGGUUCUGUUUGGGGCAUAGACUGGUGUCCCAGAGCAUGUAAUGAAUCUGAGUUUCUCUUCCAAAGUGAGUUUGUGGCCAUUGCUGCUCAUCCGCCUCAAUCUUCAUAUCAUAAGAUUGGUGCCCCUCUUACUGGCAGGGGUUUCAUUCAGAUAUGGUGUUUGUUGAAUCACAGAGUAAAAGAUGAGUCGUCCCAAGAUGAUAAAAAGUUACGAAAAAAAUCAAGUAAAGGUGAAAUAGUUAAGAUCAAAUCACCUGAUCCAAAAAAACCCAGGGGAAGACCCAGGAAGAAACCUUUAAAUGUGUCAUCAGAUGAUAAACAUGGUGAUGAAAAUGUGCAACAACCACUUGCAAUUGAAUAUCCUGAAGAAUCAUCCCCACUUCCCACCACAGGCGACAUGGCUUCUGAAAACAUUAACAAAUCACAAGAAGACUCUAGAAGGAAGCAGGAGGUAACUGAACAGCUACCCCUGACUGCUAAAACUUCUUCAAAACGCAGAAAGUUGAAUAACAAUUCUAGAACAAGCAGCCAGACUUGUGGUUCUGCUUUACCCUUUUUAUCAUGGGAUACAAAUGAAAAGUCUUCUUCCAUUAUUGGUUGUCAAACCUCGCAAUGUUGUGCUCUCAUGUCUAUUGAAUCAAGUGGUAAUGAUACAGCUCUCAUGCAAACGAUUCCCAAUGGUCUUGCUUUACCAAGAAUGGUACUGUGUUUGGCUCACAAUGGAAAAGUAGCAUGGGACAUUAAGUGGCGAUCAUGCCAUCUUUCUUGCUCCGAGUCUAGACUGAGAAUGGGUUAUCUUGCUGUUUUGCUGGGAAGUGGAGCUCUAGAAGUGUGGGAGGUCCCUUUUCCUCGUAUUAUAAAACGGCUUUAUUCAUCAAACAUGGAGGGUACCGAUCCUCGAUUUUUGAAGUUGGAACCAGUGUUUAGAUGUUCUAUGCUGAAGUGUGGUGAUAGGCAAAGCAUUCCUUUAACAGUGGAGUGGUCAAUGUCAUCCUCACGUGAUAUGAUUCUAGCUGGAUGUCAUGAUGGAGUGGUUGCUUUGUGGGUGUUUUCUACUACAAAUUCUUCUAAAGACACAAGGCCUUUGCUUUGCUUCAGUGCAGAUACAGUGGCCAUAAGGUCACUUGCUUGGGCACCAUUUGAAAGUGGUACCGAGAGUGAUAAUGUGGUCAUCACUGCUAGUCAUAAGGGCUUAAAGUUUUGGGACCUACGUGACCCAUUCCAUCAUUUGCGAGAAUUCAAUCCUGGACAAGGGGUGGCUAUAUAUAGCCUGGAUUGGCUGCCAUAUCCAAGGUGCAUUCUUGUAUCGUGCGAUGACGGAUCCAUACGGAUCCAGAGUUUGGUAAAGGCUUCCAAUGACUUCCCUGUCACUGGAAAGCCGAUCCCCAUAUCCAAACAACAAGGAUUUCACACCUAUGAGCUGUCAUCCUUUGCAAUAUGGAGUCUGCAAACUUCACGGCUUACAGGUGUGGCCGCAUAUUGCAGUGUUGAUGGUACCACUGCCUAUUUCCAGUUAACUAAACAAGUCGAAACUGAUGCCAUGAGAAAUCGCGCUCCCCAUUUUAUUUGUGGAUCGUUUGCCGAGGAAGAAGAAUCUGUCCUCACAGUAAUCACACCUGUGCCGAAUCGGAUGAAGACAACUAAUGUGUCGAGGGCUACACACACUUCUUCAUCCGUUGUGUACACUGGUGAUGAACCUGAUCCUCAGCCAGUGGCGGCCCUGACAAACAGUCAGGCACCCUUCAGUGAUCAAGGAGAUGGAAGCAAGCUUCCUCCCAAGAGUGUUUCAAUUCAGAGGGUGAGAUGGAAUAUGAACAAAGGCAGUGAAAAGUGGUUAUGCUAUGGAGGAGCAGCUGGAAUCGUUGGCUGCCAGUGGAUUGACACACCUUACUGACUUCAAUUUGCACCAUGCUGUUAACCUAUAUAUAUCACUCAUCUUUGGCAAUGUACAUUGCACGUUGUUGUAUAUAAGUUUAGUGCUCCAUGAGUGUAUUGUUUCAGAUUUUUCAAUCUUAGAAAGCUGUAUCAGAAAACUACAUGUUUGAUAAUGGAUGAUGUGUAUAUGUAGUCUUCAGACUGUAGAAGAUGGAGGGUAUUUA